AUGUCCGAUGUUUACGGCAGACUUCCUCUACAUUAUGCGUGUAUACACGGUCGGGUAGAAAUGGUGAAAGAUCUAUUAGCUGCAGGUCCUCACACUGUUGACGCGAUGGACCAUGACAAUUUCACCCCGCUGAUUCACAGCAUUGUCAAGGGUCAGCUGGCGUGUGCUGAGCAACUUCUUCACAACAAUGCUCGCAUUGAUCCAGCUUCUGAAUCAGACCACAUUCCACUGAACCUGGCAUGCCAGCAUGGAUCGCUUCCAAUUGUGGAGAUGCUUCUCGAACGACGUGCACAAUUACUCCCAGAUGCAGAAGGCCUCUAUCCUCAACAUAUGGUCGCAAGAGCUUCUCAGUCUCCGCAAUUGCUGAUGAUGCUGAAACAACAUGGGGCUGAUCUGAACCAGAAAGACAAACUGUACCAAUGGACGCCGCUGUUUCAUGCUGCUAGUGAAGGGUGCGUUGACUGUCUGCGCGCUCUUCUUGAAUUGGGUGUUGACGCCGAUGUUGUAGACGAGAAGGGCCUCGCUGCAAUGUAUUAUGCAGCGUGGGAAGGUCACUUAGAGUGCAUGCUUCUUCUUUGGUCGCAUCGCUACGGUCAAUAG